AUGGUCUCAGCAGGCCGCAUAUGCUGUAUAACAGCACCCUUUCUUCUCACAAUUGCCGUGCUCGUCUGUACGGUGCUGAUCUUCAUCGCGGGAACCAUUGACCGCAAUAAGACUGUUGACGAUCUAUAUUUCCUCAAGAUCGACCUAAGAAACCUGACCCUGACGUCCUCCGCAAACCUCGUCGGCGAUUCCAGCGACACCAACUCCACCAUCCUGGCAGGAGCCCUGCAGGCUGCGAAGCAGUCACUGGGCAUGAAAGACUUCUACACAAUCUACCUCCGAAGCUACUGCAGCUGGAACGGCGACGACGUCUAUGCGAACUGCACAGACCCCAAGGCGUAUUUCUGGUUCAACCCCAUCAACGUCUGGGGCUUGAACAACACCGGCGUUGACGUGGACACCUUCAUCCCCAAGGAGUUCAAUGACGGGCUGAAAGUCUACCACAAUGCCUCCAAGGCCAUCUUCUAUCUGUACACCGGUGCACUCGCCGCUGCAGCGAUCAGUAUCUUGGUCGGCAUCUCAGCCAUAUUCUCGCGCUGGGGAUCGUUCUUCACUACCUUCUGCGCCACGGCAAUGUGGGUUCUUUUGGUCGCUGCUUCCAUCACCACCACGGCUGUCUACGUCGUGCUCCGUGCCGCCUUGGACAACAGCCUGAAGGACGACUACGGCAUUGACUCGGACAUCGGCACCAGGGUUCUUUCCGUCACCUGGAUCGGUUCCGCCUUCGCCGUUGGAGCCGGUUUCUUCUGGUUCCUGUCGGUCUGCUGCUGCAGUGGCCGAAGCCCGUACAACCCCGGCAGCAAAGAAGCUAGGCGCACGAGAGCUGAGAAGACCCCAUACACGUAUGAAAGAGUCGGAAGCCCCUACAUGGGCCCCAGCGACCACCAAAGCGUCCCCUUGACGAACUUCGGUCCUGGAAGCCAGCAGGCGCAGAGAGGAACAGCUUAUGAGCCAUUCCGACCUCAGCAUGUCUAA